UCAUUAACAAAUAUAAUUAAUUAAAUGUUUGGCUACUUGGUUACUUUAUUUCAUCGACCAUGAUUCCGAGAAUUACAUCUCUAGCUGCGCGAAGUCUUGGGUAGGAACCCAGAAUUGAACACGUCAAACAAUUUCCGUUACUAUGGAGAUAGACAGUAAACUACAGGCAGACGACAACAAACAUAUUGUCUAAUCCAAGCAAGAUGGAGGUAUUGCCUAAAGUGGAGUCUGACAAAGAGGUUGCCAUUGAUGAAGCUGAAGAGGAUCGACAGGAUGAGGUUAACGAGGACCUGCUUAAACUAGAGGAGACCCUCUGCAACAUACAAAUCACCCCAACACCGUGUUCCCUGCCAGAACGGGCACAGGAGGUUGACCUGUCCCAAUACCCAACCUCUUAUAAAGAAAACUCCCCACAGGAAAAGCUGCUGCUUGCCAUCGCUGACAACUUCUGCUGCCAGUAUGUGCACCUUUACCCUGACCGAAAACCCCUUCUGCUGAGCCCAUUCAAUGAGUGUGGAGUCCAGAAAUUUGUGAGUACAACCUUGAGGCCCACCUUGCUCUCAUACCCGGAGCUGUACAGCUGGGAGGGAUGUGCAAGCUUUGUGUCAGAGUUCUUGUCUUUAGAGCCACUGGAUCCUCCCAUUGACCCGCCAAGACACCUCUACUCUCCAACCUGGUUGGUGCAGACUCAGAGAGGCUCCUGCUUUGAUUUCUCUACUCUGCUGUGUAGCCUGUUGUUGGGUGCAGGCUACAACGCCUACUGUGUUAGUGGAUACGCUGUGAAGGAAAUGUGUCUCCUCAACCAGUCCCUCCAGGAAUGUCCCCUACUGGUUACACAUGUUAAGGGAAAGGCUACUGAGCAGAAGCUGCAGGUGAAGAAGUACUCGGUGAAACCACCACGGGACCUUCGCAGUGGCUUUGAGCAGCGUCAGGAGGAACGCAGACAGGCUGAUGCACAGGCUAACCUCCUGAAGAAACAGCAGGAGGCAGAGAGACUCCAAGAGGAGCGAGAGCGCCUACCCCCAGAUCCCCUCUUGGGCCUGCGGGUCCACUGCUGGGUUCUCAUUCUGUCUGGCAACCGGGAGGUUCCAGAGAACUUCUUCAUUAACCCACUCACAGGGAAGAGUUUAUCCACCACAAACAAAUGCUUCCUGGGCAUAGAGAGCAUCUGGAACCAUCAGAACUACUGGGUCAACAUGCAGGACUGCCGGUUCGGCUGUGCGGAGAUGAAUUUCGACCUGGGGGAUGCAGUGAAGUGGGAGUAUCUGCUCUAUGGCACAACUGGCCAAUCUCUGCUUCUCAUCCCUGACAUGAAAAAACAGCAGGAGGCAGAGGAUGAUGAAGAGGAAGAAGUGGAUGAGCCCAAGUUGUUUGAAAUGCCUCCAUCCUGGGUGAAACAAAUCAACAUCUCACAACAAGACAUGGAGACACGCUGCCCUGGGGGCAUGAAAGUUAUCCAGUAUCGGAAGGCCAAGCUGGAAAAGUUUGCACCCUACCUCCUCCCGGAUGGUCUUGUGACACGCUUGACCUCUUACUCAGACCUCGACUGUACCCAGCCCAGCACUGUGAAGGAGUGGUACCAACACAGGCAUGACCACCUAGAGGAACGGGAACUGAAGAAGACUAGCAAUGUCACUACUGAGCAUUUCAGACCUGGACGGAGCUACGCUUUAAAAUCCCACAGGUAUAUUACUAUGACUACAGAGACGGAGCGUCAGAUGGACUUCUACAGCCAUGCCCGAGCAGACGGGCUGGCCAGACGGGUCGAGAUGCCCUUUGAGAUGACAGAGACCUUCGAGGAUCGACCAGACUUCAUGUACCAUCGUCAUGUCGUUUUUGGCAAACGUGUCAAAGUGUUCGGCCCCAGUAAUACUGAGGCACCUGACCACGGGCAACGCCCUUUACAGAAGGUGGUGGAACGAUUCAAUCGAGACCGGUCCAAGCCAGCCGGGGAGGACGUAGCAGAGCGUAUCUUUCUAGUGUCUGAGGACAGGAUCCAAGUGACAUACCACCGGGAGGACGACCGGAUUAUUCCUGCUUGGAGAAACUUCAUAAAGCCCAGAGAUUCAGGCGAUUCCCAGAACCCACACUCCCCUCAAAUGGCCUCCACUUUCCAGGUAGAUCCAUUUGAGAAGCCCAGUAAGAAUCUCUUUCUGUAUGAAAUGCUAGUCCAUAUGAUGAAGGAGGAGGAAAGCGUUGCUCUCAGAGUCAAGGAGUCUGAAAAAGAGGUGAGGGCGAUACUGGGUGUUAGGGAACAAGAAGAGAGCAGUAUUGAGCUCCACAUCUCCAUCUACAAAACAGUGAGAAAUGAGAGAGCACGCUGCCACCGAGAGGCAUUGCGGACGGCCAAAGAGGAGCGUCUCCGACAGGAGGAGAAGGAGCUGGACUUCUUAGCACCGCUUCUGGCCCAGCUGGGUGACCCAGAGAACCUGACCAGACAGGCUGCUCUACAGCUGAGGAAUGACUGCCUGGCUGACCUGAAGCAGCGGCUCAUUGAUAAGGCCAACCUCAUACAGGCUCGUUUUGAGAGGGAGACGCAGGAGCUUCAGCAGAAACAGCAGUGGUACCAGAAGAACCAGCUCACUAUGACCAAGGAGGAUGAAGAUGAAUACCUUGCCUACUGCUCUGAUGCCAUGUUCAGGAUCCAUAUUCUCAAACUGCGUCUGAGCAGGCAUAAGGACAAAGCCCCCCAGAAAUACCUGGCUCUGGAUGAAAGACUGAGACGAGACCCCAGACUGGCCAAUCACCUGUGGUGAUAAACAUGGUCACGUACAGCUCCCUAAUCACAUCCUUCCCCCACUCCAUAAUCUGACACUCCUCAAUUUCUCUGUUUUGAUUAGGUAUACCACCACUCAAAGCAAUAAACUAGUUUUAUAUUAGUGAUA